AUUCAUGUAGCGCUCAGCUCCUUCUAAGUCAGUCGCUGAGCCCGGACAAAGACAUAAUUUACAAGGCUAUUAUCUUCACUCACGUCAUUGAUCUUACUUUAGGCUUGGAAUUGAAGCCGACUACCGCCGACUUUCUCAGCCUCCACCUUUUGAAGAUGGCCCAGGUCAAUCAGCAAGAUUUCAUCUCUACCUUCCCAAACCGGCGAAGACCAAUCACCGUCUGCUUAGAAUGCUACCGGAGAAAAUUGAAAUGCAACCGAGUGAAGCCUUGCAUCCAGUGUUGUACUCGAAAGGCCCCAGAAACGUGUUACUUCGCCGACGAUGUGAGCUCGUCGCAAUCCACUCCAACACCUCAGACACGAGUUGACCGCCUGGAAGCAUACUCGGAUAUUGAUACUGCCAGUCAGAUACCGAUAGCACAGGGAUUAGUCGAGCGAGCUGGCUAUUCUGCGACUUCGGCCAGCAGCACUUAUCUUCGAUUGAAUGAUGAAAGUGUUCAGCGACAUCAUCAGUCUAUAACAAGGCUUACGCCGAUGGAUUUGCAAGGCUUUCACGACGAGUAUCGACACUUGGUAUCGAAGUUGCCUCAACCUACCAUAGUUCAUGCGCUCAUCGACUGCUUCUUGACGGAAAUCUUCUGGGCUUCCGUGCCAAUUGACGAAUACCGUCUGAGGACGUUAUACAACGAUUGGUUAAAUGUCCCACUGGAAGAACAUCUGAAGGACAAAUCGGACCAUUCGCGAAGCGAACUUCUCUACUUACCCGCCUUGUUAUUCCAGGUCCUGGCCAAUGUUAUGCUCCAUUUGACACCUCAGCAUGGUCCUGCCAGAAAUUUGGGCCUCAAAGAUAAUUAUGACUGCGCUCGUUUGUCGAAAACAUUCUCCCUCUUCGGUAAUAGGUUGAUGUUUAUCCUCGGAAGACAACGCCCAACUUUGUGCUCAGUAGAGCACGACCUCGUGGCGUGUUCCUGGUUGAAAGACUCAGGUCGAGGUAAGGAAGCCUGGCAUAGCCUAGCCAAUGCUGUCAGGCAAGCUCAAGAACUAGGACUCCAUCGACUUCCUCAGGAUAUUGUACCAUCAGAGCACGAUCGGGAUAUGGGUCUAAGGAGCUCAUACGAUUUGGAGCAAAGUAAAAAGGCCUUUAACACCCUCUUUACAUAUGACAGUAUUGGGUCUUUCUUACUCGGUCGCCCAAGGUUGAUGCAUAGAGAAGACAUUUCGACUCCGGCACCUACAGCAUGGAAGCGCACUCAAGAUAUCGCCGGGUCAAUGCCGUCUCCAGAUAAUGGCUUUCAAGAUGUAGUAGGUAUGCUUUUCUUGAAUCUGGCACAUCAAAUUCACGAUAUACGAUCUUUCUCGGCAAAUGGGAUAUUUGCUUCGAACUACCUCAAAGUAGCAGAGGUCCAUGGACAACUAUCGUCACUGCGAGAAAUGAUAUUGCUCUCACUACAAGAACAUGGUCAGAGAACAGCCACUACUCCACAAAUGCUACGACGAAGUCACCUACGCCUGACCUUGUUGAAUACAGUCGAUGCUGUCAUCAUUGCCCUGCAUCGUCCUUUUAUCGGAAGCCACUCUACCAGCCACUCAGCGGCUUUAACAGCUGCUCUCGACGGCUUGGACCUUCAACACUCCAUCUUUGAUCUUAUUCCUCACCCGCAAGUAAAGCAAUGGGCGACUACACUCUCCAUCAUCGAAACAUCUGUAUUCCUUUGCGGCAUCAUGAUAGAUCUCCCUCCACAAGAUCCUGCCGAGGGCCGUCGCAUCCGACAGGCAAUACUCCUGGCGAUCGGGAGGCUCUCUGCUACAAAAGACCUCAGCCCAUUGGCAGAAGCAGGGGAGCAGGUCCUACGUCAAUUUUACCAGAAGAUCCAGUCGGCUCGCCAACCGAUGCUGGACCAUGGCGAGUCGCAUCAACUGAGCGCUGUGCCCGAGUUUUUGUUCCAACAAAGUGGUCAACUGUCAGAUAUUCCGAUACCACCGCCGCAGCAAGCUCCGGAAGAGAUGUAUCAGACAUUAUUCGGUGACCAACAAACUUUCCUGAAUUCCUUCGGCCUCUUUCAGAAUGAGAGCUCUCCGUUCGAAUAUAGUGCAUACAGCAUUCCUGAGGAGAUUUUAAAUACGGCGGACUUCCACUGGCCGGAAACUUGAUUAACUACGUUCGGGAUCAACGGCACGAGAUGUGUAGAUUGACCAUUAGUACCUGAGAGAAGGAAUCUGGGCUUUUGAUACGGACCGAGGUUUGGCAGCAGGCUGCUUUAGUAGAGCUUCGACUUGGAUACGGGACAAUUGCCCAAUAGGUAGCC